AUGGCGCCGCCUCGCCUCCGAACGGGACCGCCAACGGCCAAGCCGGCCAAGCCGGCCAGCGAGCAGCUGGCCGCGGGCGUGCCGGCAUUAGAGGCGGCGGCCAAGUGGGAGACGGUGCGCACAGAGUCGCUGCGCGAGACGGCCGUCGUGCGCGCGCCCAAGACGCUGCGCUUCCACUUCGUGCGCUCCGAGUACACGCCCUACGGCCAGCUGCUGAAGAAGGUUGCGCGGGUGAGCUUCCCGAUCUUCUUUGAUCUGGCGCCGCACAUGUCGCGCGGCGUCGAGCCCGCGCAGUCCGGCACGGGCGCGGGCGUCGGCGGCGUCGCUGCUGCUCUCAGCGGCAAUUCUGGCCCCCAGCGCGUCAUUUAUCGACUCGAAAGUGCGAUCCUGCAUUACGGGUACACGCACAGCAGCGGGCACUUUGUCGCCAUCAGGCGGAAACCGGGCGCCCCCCUCGGCGUUCCCGGGAAGGGGUGGCUGAGGGUCAGCGACGCCGAUGUCGAGGAGGUCGGCGCUGAGGAACUCGCUGCCUCCGCUGGGCUCGUGUUCAUGCUCGUGUAUGAGCGCAUAGAGCUGCCGCCGAGCAAGGAGGAACUCAGCGAGAAGCUCGAGUUUACCUCGCGGACGCCGAGCGAGGCACCGACACCGCCGACAGUGGACAUGGUCGGUCAGUCGGGGCCGAUCCCAAGCACCGUGCCGGCGGGCACGUCGGUCGACGACCUGGACUAG